UCGGAGGAGGAAUGGCUGCGCAAGUGGGAAAUGGGCAACAUCGGGUUUCACAAGGAGCAAGGGCAUCCGCUCCUGCAGAAGUAUCUGGAUGUUCUUUUAAACGGCAGGAGUGGACUGAGGAUAUUUUUCCCGCUCUGUGGCAAAGCAGUAGAGAUGAAAUGGCUGGCGGACAUGGGACAUAGCGUUGUCGGUGUGGAAGUCAGCGAGCAAGCACUGAAGGAAUUUUUUGCCGAGCACAGCCUGCCUUAUUGUGAGGAGCCAGUCCCAGAGAUUCCAGGAGCAAAAAAGUUGCAGAGUACCUCUGGGAACAUUUCCCUCUACUGCUGCAGUGUUUAUGAUUUGUCCAGCUCAAUAGUUGGCAAGUUUGAUGGGUUUUGGGACAGAGGAGCUCUAGUAGCUGUGAAUCCAUGCGACAGACAACGCUAUGCCAGUUUGAUGAUCACUCUAAUGGCAAAAAAUUCUUCUUAUCUCCUCGUUACAGUUUCAUAUGAUCCAAACAAACACAAAGGCCCACCAUUUUAUGUUCCUGAAUCUGAAAUUAAAGGCUUGUUUGGCAACCACUGUGAAAUUAAGUGUCUUCAAAAAGUGGAUGACUUCUCAGACAGACACAGGCAGUGGGGACUAGAUUAUUUUCUGGAGGUGCUAUAUAUACUAAAGUUUGUAGCUUGA